CACUAUUUACAGACAGAAUGUCACUUGAAGGGCGCCUCUCUGUUCAGCCCAUCACGUCCGUGCAUUUGAUUGGUGACGAGCCCGUUUUGUAAGGAGCCAGGUGCGCACACCAUUGCCAGCCCGACAAACACUUUCACUGCCUGCGUAACUAAACAUGGUACUGGGGAUUUUCCAGUAGAACGCUACCUAUGCUGCGUAACAGACGGGCGAUUUGCAUGAAGACCCGCUUUACAUGACAGGCUGCCAGCUUGGUAGCUAACGCGCGAUCAACCCUGCGAGCAGGAGGGGCGCCUUGAUACUGCGCGCGAAGCGCUCCGCCUCGGCUGAUGCAAUCUGAAAGAAGGAACUCGAGUGUGAAGCUCGCGACACAUGGGGACAGAAGAAAGGUGGCCCUGAUUGAUUUGAAGUCUGAUGGAGAAGAGCCGGUGCCCAGUAGAGGAAGGGGUUGGGCUAGGCUUGGCAGAAUCCAGCACUGGCUUGAUAGCUGACACAUCUGAUGGCACAUUGCCUGUAUAUGAUGCUCCAAGUACCCGGCCAACAUGGGGAAACAAAAUGCAGUACAUCCUUGCACAGGUUGGCUUCUCGGUUGGACUUGGCAAUGUUUGGCGUUUUCCGUACCUGUGCCACCAGAACGGGGGAGGAGCUUUCUUGUUGCUGUACUUCUUGCUGUUGAUCAUCAUUGGAAUCCCAUUGUUUUUCCUUGAGCUUGCGGCGGGUCAGAGCAUUCGUCAGGGCAGCAUUGGUGUAUGGAAACACAUAAGCCCCCGCUUGGCAGGCAUUGGAUUUGCAAGCUGUGUGGUGUGCUCCUUUGUGGCACUCUACUAUAAUGUUAUUAUUGCCUGGAGCCUCUUCUACUUGGGAAACUCCUUCCAGUACCCUCUGCCUUGGGAUUCUUGCCCAAGUAUGGCCAACAGCAGUAAUCAGGUUCCUGAAUGCACCCAGAGCUCACCAACCACAUACUUCUGGUACCGCCAGGCCUUGGACAUCACAGACUCCAUUGAUGAUACUGGUUCUUUUAAUCCCAUCAUGAUUGGGUGCCUCUUUGCCGCCUGGGUCAUUGUCUGCUUGGCCAUGAUUAAAGGCAUUAAGUCUUCUGGAAAGGUCAUGUAUUUCAGUUCAGUUUUCCCCUAUGUGGUACUUUUCUGCUUCCUAGUCAGAGGGCUCCUUUUGGAAGGUGCUGCUGAUGGAAUUCGCUAUAUGUUCUAUCCACGGUUGCAGAUAUGGGGUGAUGUACAAGUGUGGCGGCAGGCAGCAACACAGGUGUUCUUUGCCCUUGGCCUUGGUUUUGGCAGUGUGAUUGCUUAUUCCAGCUACAAUAGCCACAACAAUAAUUGCCACUUUGAUGCCAUCCUUGUCUCCUUCAUCAACUUCAUGACUUCAGUUCUUGCAUCAUUGGUGGUAUUUGCAGUCCUGGGCUUCCGGGCCAAUGUUAUUGUGAAAGACUGUAUGGAAACAAACCUUAAGCACUUUUCAAUGCUGAUGAAAAUGGGCUUCAUAAACAUAAGCCAAGUCAUCAUUCCUAAUACCAGUGCCACUGUGCAGGAGUACCAAUUGUGGUAUGAGCAACAUCAGGCUGUCCUAAAAGGUAUCCCGCUUGAGCACUGCAGCUUAGAGAAGGAGAUGAACAAAGGCGUGGAAGGAACAGGUUUGGCUUUCAUUGCGUUCACAGAAGCCAUGAGCCUAUUUCCAGCAUCUCCUUUCUGGUCUGUGCUCUUCUUCCUGAUGCUGCUGAACUUGGGCCUGAGCACCAUGUUUGGUAACAUGCAGGGCAUUCUAACUCCGCUUUUUGACAACUUCUCAGCUAUGCGCAGGAGAAGGACACUUUUGACAGUGUUAAGCUGCCUGCUGGGAUUCCUUAUUGGCCUGCUAUUUGUCCAGCGCUGUGGCAGCUAUUUUGUCACAAUGUUUGAUGACUACUCGGCCACUCUUCCACUUAUUAUCGUUGUAGUGUUUGAGACCAUCAGUGUGUCCUGGGUCUAUGGAGCUGAGCGAUUUAUAGAUGAUAUUGAAGAGAUGUUGGCAUGGCGCCCACCAGUAGUAUAUAAAUACAUGUGGAAAUAUAUCUGCCUUAUUGGUAUGGUAGGCCUGCUUCUUGCCAGUCUUAUCCAAAUGUGUAUCCAGCACCCCACUUAUAGGGCAUGGAAUGUCUCACAGGCAGAAGAAGUCACCCUUCAGUAUCCACCUUGGGGGAUGGUGGUCUUGAUUGGACUCAUUCUGUUGGCCUCUCUGCCUAUCCCUGCCUUAUUUAUUCGCCAGCUGGUACGAGAGUAUGUGGGCUGGCCAGAUGCUGAUCCCACUCAGACUUCACACAACUACUAUGCUGAAGUAUACUCAAAGUGCUCUACUGAUCCUGAUGCUGCUCAGAUCGCUGAGCAGGCUGCAGAGGAGAUGGAUGAGGGCACCCGUGAAAAUGGAUUCUUUGUACGAGAGAAUGAGGAGUACAAACUUCUACCACAAGAAGAGGGCACUGAUGCACAAGCAGAAUUUCCUUGGACAGCCACCACUGGGUUAUAACUUCCAGAUUUCCAUCCACCCAGUGUUUUUUUCCAGGUCGAAAGAAAUUUUCAGUUGUUGGUGAUGGGGAAAGUUGGGGUCAAAAAUUAUGAAUGAGAAUACUGAUUUAGUCAGCGUAUCCCCACAGAGUGAAGCAGAAUGAGCCUUAAGGAGUCUUCCUCAAAAUUAGCUAUAGUGAUGUUCCUUCGAUAUGCCACACCUUGGCUUAUUUCAUUUGAGCCUGUGAAAAAUGGCUAGGACAAAUGGACAUCAUAAUGCCCAAUUUUAUGUAUAUUUUCAGCCAAACCUGGAAUCAUUGUAUAAUAGGUUUCUUCCCAGCAAUCCGCACCAGUAUUAUUUGUAAAAAUUCUUAUAUCACAUCAGCGCUCUUCCAGAAUCCCAGACCUGUGCAUUUUUAGAAAGACUGUGGCCUUCUGCUCAUCAUUUUAUUUAGUACCAGUUCGUCUACGCAUUCUGUGAAUGUAGUAUUGUGACAAGCCGGAAUGGUAUAUAGUAUUGUUAUUGCAUGAUGUCACAGAUUUUAACAAAUGUUACCCAUUUCACAACAAAUUGGCAUGAAAGACAUUUUCUUUGUAUCCCCAUCACUGAAGCUAAGUAAUUACCUAUGCAUCAGGUUAACCCUCUUCAGACAUCUGUCUCUAAACUACAACUCCUUUGCCACCACUCACUCUCUACACGGAUGUCCCCUUUAUUGAGGCAUUUUCCCCAUUUUGAGUAAGGUAGAGUUGAGACAACCUCAAAUCUGCUCUUUGGUGUUGCAUUACUAUUGUAGAAAAUUUUACCUUAGAUUCUUGGCAGGAAUUUUUUAGCAACUUUUUUUGGGCAGCCAUUUUAAAUUUCUUCAAGUUGUAAUUUCUGCCUCUACAUUAACAGCCUUGUGCCCUUAUUUGUGAAAAAUGAAUUUCCAUUACUAUUUAUUUUUUAACUGCACAUUUAGUUUGAAUCUAUAUGGUUCUCAGUUAAUGCAACUUACUCUUCCUUUGUCUCUCCAUAACCAUUAUAGGAGUUUGGUUCAUAAGUCAUCUUACCUCUCAGGUUACUUCAGUCUAGUUUUUUUUUUAUGUCUACCCCCACCAUUCUGGCCCUUUGUUUCCACUUGUCAUUUUUAGCCUCUGUUUAUUUCUUCAUCAAGGUCAACAAUAAGUUUACCACAUUAUCCAGUCUCAUCCAGUGUCUUCUCUUUUGUGACUUCCACUGACUCCAGUAUAGCUUGGUCUAGACAUGUUGGGCUCUUGAGUGUGGUACAACAUCAUUUUCUAUAAUAUUUGAUCCCAGCUUUCGCUACUUCUAAAAUAUUACACUUUGGUUCCAUGUCACUGUGGUGCACGCUGGCCAUUCCAGGUUUUUACCUUCCCAAUGCAAAUCUGCUUUCAUAUUCUUCAUCUUGUAUUCAGGUCUGCUACCCACACAGAAACUCUUUCACUCAAAUUCUAUAUUCCUUAACUUUAUCCAGAAUCAUUCUGACUUUAUAUUUAAAUUGACCAUAAAUAAUUGCCAUUUUAACCACUAAAUCAAUACAUCUCUGCACUGCAUGCAUUCUUUCUAUAGUCUAGAAUCAAUUAAACCCUUUCUCAUGGGGCUGUCAGUUACAGAUUUUGCCAGCUUGGUUAAUGUUGUGUAAAUUAACCACACUUGUCGAUUUAAACAUGAGGUUGGGGAUGGGUGGGUGUUAAUAAAAGAUGAUUUUUAUUUAUUUUAAACACCAAAGUGUAAUGUGCACAUAACUGAAUAAUGGCUUUCUGAACCACUUACAAAGUUUUGUUUCCUCUUCAGGUAAUUUUAAGUAAUUUAAAUGACAUCUGCUUGCAUUGUACUGGUUUUACUGUUACAAUUGUCAUGCAGCUUACCUCACAGGGCUUCAAAUAUUGGGAGAAGAGAGUUGGUGUGGCAGAAAUUUGUUUAAACAGCUGACUGCAUGCUGCCGGUCAUGCAUUCAGCUCUGCCUGAAUUUUAAUAACUUGGAUUUGGAACUUGUUCAGCCAUAAGCAGUGGCCAUCGGCGGAGAAAAAGAAAAUGUACAAAAUAUAUAAGUUGAAUGAACCUCACUGAAGGUAAAUUUAACUAAUAUGAAAUUUACAUUGUACAGAAGUUUUUCUAUUUUAUGACAUUAUAUAAAUUUGCUAGUGCUUUUAAAAUUAGAUUUGCUCAUAUUUAAUACUUGUACAGUUCACUCUAUUUAAAAUACCUUGGUGAAUACUGAACCUUCACAACAAAUUUCCUUGAAGAAUAAAUAUACCAAACUUCAAAAAGACUUUCCACUUGUUGUUAUGAGGACAGUCAGACAGUCAUGUCAACAAUAAACGGCCGUUUUUCACCUUUAUGCAAAGUUCACCUAACAGAAAAAAAAAAUGGUUAAUAGUUUUUCACCAUCAUGAAGGGGUGUCACCACGGAUACUCAUUUCAAUGACAAUCGGAACAGGGCUACUUCAUCAUGUCCUUUGCAAAAGAUGGUACAUUCCCCUUUAGAUCUGGUUCAUUCUUGUGUCAUGCACACCUUGCUUUCCAAUCAGUUUGGUUCCUUUUUCGAUGUCUCAAAUCUUGAGACAUUCCAAAAACAAACUCUUUAGCUACGUUUUCUUGUCCACAUUCUUCAAAUAUGGCUAUGCUACAUUUUAUUAAAGGUUUGUGAUUGUAUUUUUACUGUUUUCAGCACAAAUAUCAUACCUACAUAGGCUUUUAAUACAGUGUACUGUAGUUCUAUAGGUUCGGAAUCUUUUGGCAAAUACAGGUUGACUUGUGUUGUAUGUACUGUGACCCAGUUAACUGGUCCAGUCAGGUCUGCCAUUUCCCUUCCUGGCUGAUGGGAGAGCUUCUGAACUAGAAGAUGACAUCAGUUUUUCAUGUAAUGAAGUAAAUUUGCUGGUGGUGUCUUUAUUUUGGUUUUACGUCUGUGAAUGCCUAAAUUGAGCGCUGUAACAGAAGCUGUAUAGUCAUUGCAUUGCAAGAAAGUCCUUGCAUUCAAAUGUAUGAACUGCAGAAAUACAAAUAAGGGGGAAGAGAACUUGCUUAGAGCAGGUUUGUAUGUAUGUAUCAUCAUUAGCUCUGAAUCUGAACUUGAAAAUUUCCAUAUGAAGAGAGUCUGUUUUGCAAACUUCAGGUUUUUUACAAAUUUUUUACUUGUGUCCAUCUGUUCUGCUCCAAUAUUGUUGUUACCUCUGAAUUAAGGAUGUGGCAUAAAUCAAGGAGCAGCAGAGCUGGCAGCUGUUUUGAAUGGCUGUCAAUAUUUUGUA